AUGAAAGCGGCCCAAUGGAUGGGCCCAAAGGAUAUUCAACUAGGUACUGUACCGAAGCCGAUGCUUACGGCGCCUAAAGAUGCCAUUGUGCAUAUCACGCAUUGCACAAUCUGCGGUUCAGAUCUCCACAUGUAUAACCCUGACAUGAAAAUGGCAAUGGAGAAGGGUCUCAUCUUGGGCCACGAAGCAAUUGGCAUCGUCGAAGAAAUCGGUCCGGAAGUGAAAAACUUGAAACCUGGAGACAGAGUCAUCAUCCUCCCCGUCAUUGCCUGUGGUGAUUGCUUCUAUUGUAAAAACAAGGAGUACUCGUUAUGCGACAAGACAAAUCCAUCCCAAGAUAUGGAGCAACUUUAUGGUCACCGACUUUCGGGCAUAUUUGGGUACUCUAUGCUUACAGGGGGAUAUCCUGGCGACCAGGCAGAAUGGUGUCGAGUCCCUAAUGCGGAUCUUGUCUGCGUGAAGGCUCCCAAAAAUGUCCCUGCGAAGAAGCUUCUCGGAUUGUGUGAUGUGACGCCAACGGCCUGGCAUGGAAAUGAACUUGCUGAGGUUCGCAAAGGAGAUGUAGUUGGAGUUUGGGGAUGUGGUGCGGUUGGACUGUCUAUUCAGCGACUCGCACUUUUCCGCGGUGCAAAGAAGGUUUAUGCGAUUGACAAGGAUCCACAGAGACUCGCUUUGGCCGAAAAAUAUGGCUCUAUUCCAGUGGAUGUGUCUGCCCACAAAAACGUGGCUGAUUAUAUUCUCGGCAUCGAAUCCCACGGACUUGACAGGGGCAUUGAAGCCAGCGGGUUCAGGAGUACGAAUUCGGUCGCUCACAAAGUAAUGCGAGGUAUAUUCAUUGAAGGCGACAGUAGCGACACAGUUAGUGCCAUCAUCAAAGCAACUCGCAAAGGCGGCAAUAUUGCUUUGAUCGGCGACUUUUUCUUCACCACGAACCAGUUUCCGAUCGGAGCUCUGAUGGAAAAGGCAAUAACUCUCAGAGGAGGACAACUAUAUGCUCAAAAGUACUUUCCAUAUUUGCUUGAUAUCACUGUCAACAAUGAGUACGAUCCAUCCUUCAUGUUCACACAUGAGGAUAACUUUGAGAGCAUUUCCGAGAACUACGCCAAGUUCAACACACAUGAGGUUCCUGGGGGGCUCAAAGUUUGUCUGAUAACUGAGUUUGGUCGAACACAUCCAACCGAAUAG